UCUUGACAUGACAUGCUAGAUGAAAUUUUGAUGCAGCAACUCCUUUCAUCCUCAAUGGACAAGACAGUCAGGCUAUGGGAUAUCGAGACUCAGAGCUGCUUAAAAAUGUUUGCACAUAAUGAUUAUGUGACCUGCAUACACUUCAAUCCAGUAGAUGACGACCACUUUAUCAGCGGUUCACUGGAUGGAAAAGUUCGAAUUUGGAAUAUAUCUGAUCGGAAAGUUAUGGACUGGACAGAUCUUCAUGAAAUGGUUACUGCUACUUGCCACUCUCCUGAUGGCGAGGGUGCUUUAAUUGGCUCACAUAAAGGGAGCUGCCGCUUGUACAGUACCUCUGAAUGCAAGCUGGAACAAAAGGACAGCUUUGAACUCGAACCCAAAAAGAAGUCCCCAGCCAAAAAAGUCACUGGUUUUCAGGAGAUCUAUGUAAGACCUGAACUCGGUACUUUAAGUCAAUACUGUGAAUCAAGUGUGAAUCUGCACUUUCUUAGAGCUCUAAUCUGCAUUCUUCGUAAACCAGAUGUGAAUCUGCACAUUCUUGCAUCAAACUGUCUGAAACCAGAAGGAAAGGAAUAA